GUGAUGAUGCCAUCUAUGACUUCAUGGACGUCAACAUCAAUGUUGUUCACAAACAACAAGAGUGAACACAUGCAGGACCAACAGAGAAGAACAAUGAUGAUGAUCAAGGUGGACUUGGACGAGGAUGACGACGAAACCGAGACACCAGCACAACAGAAGAAGCAAUUGACACCAGAGGAGCAGGCCAAGUUGAAGGCAAAGAAGGCUGAGGAGCGAGCCGCGCGUGAGAUACAGAAGAAGGAGAAUAGACAAAAGAUGAUGGAGCGAUCGAAGGAACAGCGCCAACAAAAGGAGGAGAAGGAGGCCAAGAGCAAGGAGAGGAUGGAGAAGCAGCUGAAGGAGCGCGAGAAGGCUCGUCGUCCCUCCAUCUUUGAUCCAGACUACGAGGGUCCAGAUGUUUACGAGCGAUCAUCAGGUAACGAUGACCUACAUCAGCCCGCAGCCGAGAAGAAGGUCAAAGUGAAGCCAAACAUCAAGAAGCCCAACAACAACAAGAACUUUGUAAAU